CUAAACCCUGCCCACGCGACAUGCAGCAGGUGAGCAGGUGCUAUCAGAAAAACGCUGCGUAGCGUUACGAUUUCUCGAUGAAAUUCAAAAGCAAAGGUAAUUUUGUCACUCCGUCUCUAAUAAACAAAUCGAAGAGAGUAAAACUGGUGAAUGAUCACUCACCCGGCCGCCGAUGCUCGCUUUGUUCUUCUUUCUCUCCAUACUAAUCGUGAUUUAGAUUUCCGUUGCUAACGUCGACGAAAUUAUUAGAUCAGUUGUUUCUUGUACAUCUUUCGGAUUCGAAUGCUGAGGUUUUUUGAGUUAAUGCGAAUUUCCGACUUUAUUGGACAUUCACACAUUGUGAAGUUUCUUUCGCCAUUCAUAUCGGUUACCAUAUGCGUCCAUUCAUAUUCUACUGCUGUACUGCUUGAUUUUCAUGUGAAUCUCUUCUUCUUCUCUCUCUCUCUCUCUCUUGCGGAUGACACACUUGAUUUCUGUUUCCAUCCUUUUUUUUUUCCCCUGAAUUGCACUUCGUAACAAUGACUGCCGAGUUCGUCCUAUUACGAAGGGAUGAGCCCGACCGAUUGCAAUUCUCGUACUUCCACUGUACUUUCGUAUAAACUUUCAGGGCUUCGACUUUGUGCGGAUUAGAUUCACUCUCUAGGAACAUCUUUGCCUCUACAAGUCGCUUGAAGGAUUCAUUAUCAAAGAGAUCGAACCUUUGAGUUGGUAUACUAGAGAUUUCAUACAUUACAACUAUGGGAACCACGCACCGUGGAGGAACAAGAAAAGCAAAUGACAGUUCAAGGAUUAUACUCACAACAAUAGUGGGAGUGAUCUUUGGAUUUUUUCUUGGUGCUUCAUUUCCUACAGUUUCUUUAACGAAGAUUAACUUACCUUCAAGCCUUGUAUCAUCUCUUGAUGUAGCCAUUGAUGUGCAUAGAUCCUCUAGAACCGGAGUAACUGAGAGUGAGAGCCAUGGAUCACAAAAAGCUCCUAAGAUAUAUGUGCCAACGAAUCCUCGUGGUGCGGAGUCAUUACCUCCUGCAAUUGUUGCAUCAGAAUCUGAUUUUUAUUUACRUAGAUUAUGGGGUGAACCCAGUGAGGAUCUAGAGAAAGAACCCAAGUACUUGGUAACGUUGACUGUUGGCUUUGAUCAGAGAAAAAAUAUUGAUGCAACAGUGAAAAAGUUCUCGGAUAAUUUUACAAUUAUGCUUUUUCACUAUGACGGUCGGGUUACUGAGUGGGAUCAGUUUGAGUGGUCAAAGAGUGCAAUCCAUGUGAGUGUCAAGAAACAAACAAAGUGGUGGUAUGCAAAAAGGUUUUUGCACCCUGAUGUUGUUGCUGCGUAUGAUUAUAUUUUUAUAUGGGAUGAAGACCUUGGAGUUGAGCAUUUCAAUGCAGAGAAGUACAUUGAGUUAGUGAAAAAACAUGGUUUGGAAAUAUCCCAACCUGGGCUUGAGCCUAAUAAUGGACUGACGUGGCAAAUGACAAAGAGGAGAGGUGACAGAGAGGUCCAUAAGGAGACGGAAGAAAAACCAGGCUGGUGUAGUGACCCUCGGUUGCCUCCUUGUGCAGCGUUUGUAGAAAUUAUGGCUCCUGUUUUUUCUCGGGAAGCUUGGCGAUGUGUUUGGCAUAUGAUUCAGAAUGAUUUGGUACAUGGAUGGGGAUUAGACUUUGCUCUCCGAAGAUGUGUAGAGCCUGCGCAUGAGAAAAUUGGCGUAGUUGAUUCACAGUGGAUUGUUCAUCAAGUAAUUCCUUCUCUUGGGAGCCAGGGAAAAUCUGAGAAUGGGAAGGCUCCAUGGGAAGGGGUGAGAGCAAGGUGCAGAACCGAAUGGGCUGAGUUUCAGUCUCGGCUUGCAAACGCCGACAAAUCAUACUUCGCCCAGACUAGUAAGGCGAAACGUUUAUAGAAGAGACUACCCAUCUGAACUGAAGCUGUCACAGUUAUUUUGUACAUGUCCUCUUUUAGGCUCGAGGCUCCUCUAACGGUCCUUGAGUGAGAUAUUUCCCUGAUACAUUUACAUUUGUUGUAGGCUUCAUUUUGUUUACUCAUACAGAAAUAAUCCGUAUAAAAGCAAAUACACAGCAGCAGCCGUUUCCCCUGUUUUCUUCUAUGUUAUGUAGCUGUCUCUAUGUUGGGCUGAUGGACAAUAUAACAAAGAAUUGUUCUAGGAAUGAAGAGUAAUAUAAAACCUCGUAUUGACAACUUUUAAACUGG